AUGAGGCCGAGGCCAGAGGGGCGGGGGCUCCGCGCAGGGGCCGCGCUGUCGCCCGCGGUGCUGCUGCUGCUGCUGCUGCCCCCGCCGCCACCGCUGCUGGGGCGCCUGUGGGCUGCGGGCACCCCGGCGCCCCCUGCGCCCCCUGCGCCCUCUGCGCCCCCUGCGCCCGGGGCCCAGCAGGACAGCGCGCUGGGCCCGGGGCGCGUGAAGCGCGGCUGGGUGUGGAACCAGUUCUUCGUGGUGGAGGAGUACACGGGCACCGAGCCGCUGUACGUGGGCAAGAUCCACUCGGACUCAGACGAGGGUGAUGGGGCCAUCAAAUACACCAUCUCGGGCGAGGGUGCUGGGACCAUCUUCCUGAUCGAUGAGCUGACGGGCGACAUCCACGCCAUGGAGCGCCUGGACCGAGAGCAGAAGACCUUCUACACGCUGCGGGCGCAGGCGCGGGACCGCGCCACCAACCGCCUGCUGGAGCCCGAGUCCGAGUUCAUCAUCAAGGUGCAGGACAUCAACGACAGCGAGCCCCGCUUCCUGCACGGCCCCUACAUCGGCAGUGUGGCCGAGCUCUCACCCACAGGCACCUCCGUGAUGCAGGUGAUGGCCUCGGAUGCGGACGACCCCACCUACGGCAGCAGCGCUCGGCUGGUGUACAGCGUGCUGGACGGCGAGCACCACUUCACCGUGGACUCCAAGACAGGCGUGAUCCGGACUGCUGUGCCCGACCUUGACCGCGAGAGCCAGGAGCGCUACGAGGUGGUGAUCCAGGCCACAGACAUGGCAGGUCAGCUGGGCGGCCUCUCAGGCUCCACCACCGUCACCAUCGUGGUCACCGAUGUCAAUGACAACCCACCCCGUUUCCCGCAGAAGAUGUACCAGUUCAGCAUUCAGGAGUCGGCCCCCAUCGGCACAGCUAUCGGACGAGUCAAGGCCGAGGACUCGGACGUGGGUGAGAACACAGACAUGACUUACCAUCUCAAGGAGGAGAGCGGCAGUGGCGGCCAUGUGUUCAAGGUCACCACAGACAGUGACACUCAAGAGGCCAUCAUCGUAGUGCAGAAGCGCCUGGACUUCGAGUCCCAGCCCGUGCACACUGUGGUUUUGGAGGCGCUCAACAAGUUCGUGGACCCCCGCUUCGCCGACCUGGGCACCUUCCGCGACCAGGCGAUCGUGCGCGUGGCCGUGACCGACGUGGAUGAGCCCCCCGAGUUCCAGCCGCCCUCUGGCCUCCUGGAGGUGCAGGAGGACGCGCAGGUGGGCUCCCUGGUCGGCGUGGUGACGGCGCGGGACCCCGACGCCGCCAACCGGCCCGUCCGGUACGCCAUCGACCGUGACUCUGAUUUGGACCAGAUCUUUGAUAUCGAUGCAGACACAGGCGCCAUCGUGACGGGCAAGGGCCUGGACCGCGAGACGGCCGGUUGGCACAACAUCACGGUGCUGGCCAUGGAGGCGGACAAUCAUGCCCAGCUCUCCCGGGCCUCCCUAAGGAUCCGAAUCCUGGAUGUGAAUGACAAUCCCCCGGAGCUGGCUACCCCCUACGAGGCAGCUGUAUGUGAGGAUGCCAAGCCAGGCCAGCUCAUCCAGACCAUCAGCGUGGUGGACAGAGACGAGCCCCAAGGCGGGCACCGCUUCUAUUUCCGCCUGGUGCCUGAAGCUCCCAGCAACCCUCAUUUCUCUCUACUUGACAUCCAAGACAACACGGCCGCAGUGCACACCCAGCACCUGGGCUUCAACCGGCAGGAGCAGGACGUGUUCUUCCUGCCCAUCCUGGUGGUGGACAGCGGGCCGCCCACGCUGAGCAGCACAGGCACGCUCACCAUCCGCAUCUGCGGCUGCGACAGCUCAGGCGCCAUCCAGUCCUGCAACACCACGGCCUUUGUCAUGGCCGCCUCCCUCAGCCCCGGAGCUCUCAUCGCCCUCCUGGUCUGCGUCCUCAUCCUGGUCGUGCUGGUGCUGCUGAUCCUCACGCUCAGGCGCCACCACAAGAGCCACCUGAGCUCGGAGGAGGACGAGGACAUGCGGGACAAUGUCAUCAAAUACAACGACGAGGGCGGCGGCGAGCAGGACACCGAGGCCUACGACAUGUCGGCGCUGCGGAGCCUCUACGACUUCGGCGAGCUCAAGGGGGGCGACGCGGGCGGCGGCGGGGACGCGGGGGGCAGCCCCCCGGCCCCGGGGCUGCCCUCGGAGCGCCACGCGCUGCCGCAGGGGCCGCCGAGCCCCGAGCUGGACUUCUCGGUGUUCAGGGACUUCAUCCGCCGCAAGGUGGCGCUGGCGGACGCGGACCUGUCGGUGCCGCCCUACGACGCCUUCCAGACCUACGCCUUCGAGGGCGCGGGCUCGCCGGCCGCCUCGCUCAGCUCGCUGCACAGCGGCUCGUCGGGCUCCGAGCAGGACUUCGCGUACCUGCGCGGCUGGGGCCCGCGGUUCCGGCCCCUGGCCGCGCUCUACGCCGGCCCCCGCGCGGACGACGAGGCCGAGGCCUCCUAG